UACACAGUAGAGAGAGAGAAAGAAAACAGAGAGAGAAAGAAGAGUAUUUCAGAAGCUCUCUCUCUUCACUCACUAACUAUGCUUCGCUGAUUUUGAUGCAUUUCACUGUAACAAAGAAGAAGAACUAGAGAGAGAAAACUAGAGAGAGAAGGAGUGGAGUACAAGUCUUUUUUUGUUCAUCCUUUGUUUUUUCCCCUUUUCUUCACCCAACUCCCCCAUUUUGUUAGUUUUGUUCUUAAUUUCCUGGGGGUCUUCUUCUAAUUUUUUGGGGUUUUUUAUAAAAUCCAAAAAAAAAAAAUCAAAAAAUCAAAUCAAAAGAUUGUGGGAAUUUUUAUGAUGAUGUUGAAGAAAAGAAGUAGAUCAAUUGCGCAAGAACAACAAAACAUGGGUCCAGUAACAUCAGAUGAUGGUUCUGAAUCAGGUUUACAAUGUGAUUUUUUAGGGCAAAGGCAAAAGACCAACUCUUUUUUUAAUGUUCCUGGUCUGUUUGUAGGAUUAACCCCAAAAGUUGCCUCAGAUUGUGACUCAGUUAGAAGCCCAACUUCACCUCUUGACUUUAAGUUGUUCUGUAAUUUGGGCACUUCCUUUAGGUUCCCUAAAUCCUCUUUAGAGGUGCACCAAAAGUGUUGGGAUUGUCCCAAGGUUGGACUUGGGAGUAUUGUUGAUUCUCUUGAUGAUGAUGACAGGAACUUACCUGAGAAAGAUAAAGUUAUCCCUUCAUCUAAUAGUAAUAGUAAGACUAUACUGUUUGGGUCUCAGAUUAGGAGUAAAGGCACCCUGAAUUCGCCCACCUGUGCCGAGUUUUGUGAGGCGCCUAAGUCGUUGCCUAAAAACUAUGCAGUUUUCCCCCAUGCUAGGUUGACAAGGCCUUCUAAUCUUCAAAAGGGUAGCUCUGAUGUUUUAUUUGAGAUUGGAGGAGACCCUUUAGAGUCUGACCAAUUUGGGAAAAUCCAGUCUUUUUCUUUGGAUUCCAAGAGGAUAGGGUCGAGGUUGAGCAAUCGCAAUGUAGAGUCAAGGAUCAGGCAUUCUUGUUUUGAGAACGAGACAAUUGAGAAGAGCUUGAGUUUUGAUUUGAUCGGAGGAGGUCUGAAUAAGCCGACUACAGGUACAAUGUCGGGGAAUGAAAUAACUCGAUCUCUCACACCUGAAGAGAUUGAGCUCUCAGAGGACUAUACAUGUGUAAUUUCACAUGGUCCCAACCCCAGAACUACUCAUAUUUUUGGUGACUGUGUUUUGAAAAGUCACCCUAAUGGAAUUGAUCCUGGAAAUAAGGGAGAGACUAGAUUGCCUUGUAUGGAAAACUGUGUAUCAUCACCAUAUCCUUCAAAUGAUUUCUUGAGUUGCUGCUACUUUUGCAAGCAGAAGCUGGUAGAGGGCAAAGACAUAUACAUGUAUAGAGGUGAGAAAGCUUUCUGCAGUUGGGAUUGCCGUUUGGAGGAGAUUUCCAUUGAGGAGAAGCAGGAGACUAACAUGACCGAGGCUCCCACAGAAUCUCCCAAAUCCGAAAACGGUGACGACAUUUUUGAGAAAAGCAUGUUCGUUGCUAUAUAGAGAAAAUUUAUCAAUUGCUUUCCCUUAAGUCAUUAUGCCCGUGAUUGAUGAAAUUGCCUGAGUUUGAUCAUCUGAUAAUAAAGAGCUGUGUCUUUUGUGUAUCUAUUAGCAGCCUCAGCUCAGGUGGUCAUUUCAUGGCAUGUUUAGUAGGACCUCUUAUUUCAAUUCAUCUCUUAUGGUUCUAACGACUCUUGGAAAGCUAAUCGGCUAGAUUCUUAUGAUUUUGACCUUAGUUAUAAAAGCUGAGAAUGGCUUGUUUUACCAUUUCUGCUAAUAUCUUCCUUCAUCUGGAACUGUGAAAAACCAUUAAAAAAAAGAACUCUUUUUUUUGUUCCUUCUUUUUUGGUUUACCAUUUUGAAAGGAGUUGAUGUAUAAGCCUCCCAUCUGAACAAAUUAUUGACAUUAAUAUAUAAAAUAGUUUUUUUUUUUU